UAUUUUUCAAGAUGCUAGGAAGUAGCCAAAUCCAAAGCAUUGACUCUUUAUCCAAUGUCUCACCCUUUGUCUUCAACUGUUCUCUCAUCCUUCACCCACAAUCUCUUUCUCUCUCUCUCUCUCCUUAUAACAAAAGAGCAAAAAGCUUCCUUCGUUUCACUAUUUCUCCAUGAUUCUGAAUUCCACAGAAAGGGAGAGAGAGAGAGAGAGACACUAUUAAAAGCUAAGUAAACUUUUCUGCCAUGGCUGAGAAGAAGAAGAAGCAUUUACAUGAACUUCUUGAAGAUGACCAAGAGCCUUUUCAUCUCAACCAUUACAUCUCUGACCUUCGUUCUCAGAUGGGUUGCUCCGAUUUGCGUGUCAAGAAGCGAAAGUCCGACAACAACGUCGCCACGUUUCCUCCUCCUGGUUUGUUCUCCUGCGAGAGUUCUUGUUUCUUCGCCGCUCAUAAAUCUCCAGACCCAAGAAAGUCUCCACUCUUUGAGCUCCGCUCUCCGGGUAAAAAAAAGACACGUGACGGUCGUGUUUUCCUCCAGAUUCCGGCUAGAACCGCCGCAAUUCUCUUGGAUGCAGCGGCGAGGAUUCAGAAGCAGCAGUCGGAGAAGGCUAAGACGACCAACAAAGCUCGGACCAGAGGGAACCGUAUGUUCGGGUCUGUCUUGAAGCUGCUAACAAACCGUAAGCCAAAACCACGUUUGGAUAACGCUGAUGAAAACGCGAUUUCUUUAGAACGCGGGUCGGAACCAACGAGUAGUAGUAGUAGUAGUAGUAGCCGGAGAGAGCGUUUUGUGGAGAUUGGUGAUAAGUGCUUCUGUGACAGCCCUUUUCACUUCGUUCUUCAAACAAGUCCUUCUUCCUCCGGUCACCGGACUCCUCACUUCACAUCGACGGCUACUUCUCCGGCGCGACGCAGUACAGAGGACGAAGAUAGCGAUGAGACAGAGAGCUUAGAGAAAGUGAGAGGACAAGAAGAAGAAGAUAAAGAAGAGGAAGACAAGGAACAAUGUAGCCCUGUCUCUGUACUUGACCCGCUUGAGGAGGAGGAGGAGGAGGACGACGAGGACCACCAACACGAGCCUGACCAUCUCAAUCUCCUCCCGUGCAACUUUGAAGUUGUACAACGUGAGUAUCCAAUCUUCCAUCAAAUCACAUGGGCUAGUGGAAUUGAAAGACAUAGCUUUAAAAUGGUCCCCAGAUCGUAUUUAAGGGUUUUAAAUGUUGUGUUUUGA